ACCCCGCAUUCACUAUAUCCGCUCUCCCCAUACCCCGCAUUCACUAUAUCCAUCUCCCCGGACCCCGCGUUCACUAUAUCCGCUCUCCCCGUACCCCGCAUUCACUAUAUCCGCUCUCCCCGUACCCCGCAUUCACUGUAUCCGCUCUCCCCGGACCCCGCAUUCACUAUAUCCGCUCUCCCCGGACCCCGCAUUCACUAUAUCCGCUCUCCCCGGACCCCGCAUUCACUAUAUCCGCUCUCCCCGGACCCCGCAUUCACUAUAUCCGCUCUCCCCGGACCCCGCAUUCACUAUAUCCGCUCUCCCCGGACCCCGCAUUCACUAUAUCCGCUCUCCCCGGACCCCGCAUUCACUAUAUCCGUUCUCCCCGGACCCCGCAUUCACUAUAUCCGCUCUCCCCGGACCCCGCAUUCACUAUAUCCGCUCUCCCCGGACCCCGCAUUCACUAUAUCCGGUCUCCCUGGACCCCGCAUUCACUAUACCUGGUCUCCCCGGACCCCGCAUUCACUAUAUCUGGUCUCCCCGGACCCCCUGCAUUCACUAUAUCUGCUCUCCCCGGACCCUGCAUUCACUAUAUCCGGUCUCCCCGGACCCUGCAUUCACUAUAUCCGCUCUCCCCGGACCCUGCAUUCACUAUACCUGGUCUCCCCGGACCCCGCAUUCACUAUAUCCGCUCUCCCCGGACCCUGCAUUCACUAUAUC